AUGUCGGAACAUCCCUUCUCUCUUCUUUUCUCUUUUCUUCUUCUUCCUCUCCCCUCCUCUUCCCCCACCCUCCACUCCUCUUCCCUCGCCCUCUCUCUCUCUUCUCCCGCCUCCCUCCCUCUUCUCCCGCCCUCCCUCCCUCUUCUCCCGCCCUCCCCUCCUCUUCCUCCGCCCUCCCUUCCUCUUCUCUCGCCCUCCCCUCCUCUUCCCCCGCCUCCUUUGCUCUUCCUCCGCCCUCCCCACUUCUUCCAUUGCAAUGUAGCCUUCUUGUGCGCUUGCCUUAUCUUUCGCUCCUUCUCCCCCCUGUCCCCCACUCCGCCCACUGUAGGUGGCAGGCAGAUGGCACAAGGAGGGCGACAAGCCAGCCUCCCCAAUCCCCGUGUCCCCUCUGCCCCUGUUCCGCCCUCGUACUCCACCCCCUUCCGCCCACCACAGGUACCACAGUUCGUGGCAGACAGGUGGCACAUGGCAGGGCCCAAGCCAGGGGGUGAGGCAGCAGCAGGGGGAGGGGCUGCUGGGGGAGGCGCGGCGCAAGGUGCCGCCGCCACGCCUCCGCCACUAGGGGGGGGAGCGGGGGCGGGGGGAGUGGGCGUGGUGGGGCGAGUGCGCAUGGCGUUUGGCCCGCGCGCUCGCUCCCAGGGCGGACAGGCCGCCACACAGGUGAUUAUGAGGAGCGGCUAUUCAGUUCCCUCUCUCUGCCUUACUUCUCUCUCAUGCGUUGCCCACAAUUGCACCUCACCCUUUCCCAUCUGCAUGCGCUGUCCCGCCUUUGCCAUGCAUAUGCUGUCCAUUUGUCAACCCCGGCAGCUGCCAGCUGUCGCGCUCUCAUUCGUGGACCGCCACUGGAGUGGCAGCUCCCCAGGUACCGUGCGAGGCAUGGCAUGGGUCAUGGGGGAACUCGUGACUGCGUGUGCUGCUGGUGGUGCCGAAGCGGGUAGGGGAGCAGGACAACAGACAGCAGCAGCAGCAGCAGCAGGAGUUGAGGAGGGGGGUAAGGCUGUGAGGGAGGCUCUGCUGAGGGCAGGCGCCGUGUGGGCAAAGCAGUGGAGUGCUGUGCCGGCAGAGCAUGGGAACGGAGCUGCUGAGCUUUAUCGAGCGGCGUUGCGAUGCGGCCAUGCAUCAUGCAAGCCGUGGCGAGCAUUUAACCAAGCAGGCCGAGGUGGAGUGUGUGAAACAGCCUACUGCACGAGCUGCGGAGUGGACGCCAUGGAAGUUUAUUCCUUGUCAGGGACGUUUCAGUGGCAAAUUGACGGGUUUUCUGAGUUGACAGAGGCGGUGACCAAGCGUGUGGACUACUUGUUGACCGUGGUCAACCAGUUUGACCGGACAAAGUCAGUGCGGAGAGGCACACCACCUAACGCCAUACCAGCGGCACGGCUCUGA